AUGGCAGACACAGGAGGCACAACUUCGGACUUGUUGUAUUCCGUUGGAAACAGAAUGGAUGCUCUAGUUCAGCAACAGCUCCAAGGUGUCUCAAUAGCCACUUUUGCUAUAACCUUCGGAGCAGGCUUGCUCACAAGUCUGUCACCAUGCACACUCAGUGUGCUUCCUCUCACGCUUGGGUACAUUGGUGGAUAUAGCACCAGUGAGGAGAACAGCAACACAGGCAGCACCCUCUCUAGGGCAGCAGUGUUUUCUUCUGGGCUGGCCACAACAUUGGCCGUCCUGGGCAUUGCCUCCUCCCUGCUGGGCCGAACAUAUGGCCAAUUUGGGGAUGGUUUACCAAUUGCAGUGGGCCUUGUUGCAAUUAUCAUGGGCCUGAAUCUGCUUGAGCUACUGCCACUUGCCUUGCCCUCUUUGGAUGUUGAUGUUCGAAAGGUCUCAGCUCCGCCGCUUGUGCAGGCAUACCUUGCCGGUCUGACAUUUGCACUGGCCGCAUCUCCAUGCAGCACUCCGGUGUUGGCAACGUUGCUGGCCUAUGUGGCAACCUCACAAGACCCUGUUACUGGCGGAGCAUUGCUGCUUGCCUACACUAGUGGGUAUGUCAUUCCUUUGAUGGUGGCAGCCACCUUUGCGGGCACCCUGAAGCAGGUUCUUGCCAUGAGGCAAUGGAGCGCAUGGAUCACACCAGCUUCAGGAGUCCUCUUGCUGUCUGGUGGUACAUACACCCUGCUGUCAAGGCUUAUUUAG